UUCCUCCCUCCUCGGGGUUUUGCUUCCGGUUUAGGGCCGUGAGCGCCGCGGACUGCGCUGCCAAAUAGACGCCAUGAGCCUGCAGUGGACAGCGGUCGCUGCCUUCCUCUACGCCGAGGUCUUCCUCGUCCUCCUGCUCUGUGUCCCUUUCAUCUCGGCCACACGAUGGCAGAAGAUCUUCAAGUCUCGCCUAGUGGGUUUGGCUGUGGCGUAUGGCAACACCGUCUUCGUCGUCCUCAUCGUCAUCCUUGUCCUCCUUCUCCUCGACGCUGUCCGCGAGACCCGUAAAUAUGACGUGACGGAGCGAUUGGCUCUGCAGAGCACUCCCGGCGCCCUCGAGCACUUCCACAUGAAGCUUUUCCGCGCCCAACGCAACCUCUACCUCGCCGGCUUCGCCCUCCUGCUCUCCUUCCUCCUGCGCCGCUUGGUGACGCUGAUCUCGCAGCAGGCCGUGCUGGGCGCCGCGGGAGAGGCAUUCCGCAAGCAGGCGGAAGGCGCCGGCCGAGCCGCUCGCCGCUACAUGGAGGAGAACGAUGCCCUGCGCAAGCGGCUGCAGGAGGAUGGAGGGGAGGUGGGAAAUGGCAACGGGAGAAGAGACGAAGUGGAGCGGCUGAAGGAGGAGCUGGCGGCCAGCAAGAGGGCGCUGUUGAGGGCGCAGGAUGAGGCGCAGGCACUGCGGCGUCAGGCGGAGGCGCUGACACGAGAGUACGACCGUCUGCUGGAGGAGCACUCGCGGCUGCAGGCAGUGCACGAGGGACCCCGAGACAAGAAGGGCGACUGAGAGGGGAACCCCAUCUGCGCCCUCAAACCCCUUCAAAUUUGAGAGCAGCUUUUCAGCCCCAUUUCUGGGUGUUUUCAGCCCAAUUUUGGGGGGCUGUGGCCCCUCUUUUUUGGGGGGGUCCUGACCCCCCAUCCCCCCCACCCCCCAAAAAAGGCUUCAAUAAAGAGUUGGGAUCA